AUGGACGCCGACGUCACGAGGGUGUCCAUCCUCGGCAGGGACUCCAUCCACUGUGGCUUCCACCUCAUCCCCUACAUCGCCCACACCGUCCUCACAAACCUCCCCUCCUCCACCUACGUCCUCAUCACCGACACAAACGUCGCCUCCUUCCACCUCCAGGCCUUUGAAAAGGCCUUCAUCGACGCAUUCGACACCGCCAAGACCCCAGAAAAACCGAGGUUCAUCAGCAAGGUCAUCGCACCCGGCGAGACGUCCAAGAGCCGCGAGGGCAAGGCCGACAUCGAGGACUUUUUGCUGCUCAAUGGCUGUGUCAGGGACACCGUCGUUCUCGCCCUCGGAGGGGGCGUCAUUGGCGAUCUCUCGGGCUUCGUCGCUGCUACCUUCAUGCGCGGCGUGCGCUUCUGCCAGAUCCCGACCACGCUCCUCGCGAUGGUCGACUCGGCCGUAGGCGGCAAGACCGCGAUCGACACGCCCCACGGAAAGAACCUCAUCGGCGCCUUCUGGCAGCCCGAAUACAUCUUCAUCGACGCCGCCUUCCUCGAAACGCUCCCGCAGCGCGAGUUCUCGAACGGCAUGGCCGAGGUCGUCAAGACCGCCGCGAUCUGGUCGCACGACGAGUUCACGAUCCUCGAGUCCUCCGCCGAACAGCUCUUCGCCGCGAUCCAGUCCCCCGCGCCGUGCCCCGUCGGACGCACGGCCGCGGACCGCACGGCGGCGCAGACGCUGCUGCUGCGCACGAUCAGCGCGUCGAUCAACGUCAAGGCGCACAUUGUGACGAUCGACGAGCGCGAGACGGGCCUGCGCAACCUCGUCAACUUUGGGCACUCGAUCGGGCACGCCAUCGAGGCCGUCCUCACGCCUGCGGUGCUCCACGGGGAGUGUGUGAGCGUGGGCAUGAUUCUCGAGGCGGAGCUCGCGCGCUCGAGGGGCGUGUGUGGGCAGGUGGUGAUUGGGCGGCUGGCGAGGUGUCUCAAGGCGUAUAAUCUGCCGAUUAGCGUGACGGACCCGCGUAUUGCAAGGGUGCCGGCGGUGCAGGGUCUGGGCGUGUCGAGGUUGUUGGAUAUUAUGCGUAUCGACAAGAAGAACUCGGGCAGCCAGAAGAAGAUUGUGCUGCUGAAGGAGAUUGGCAAGACGUAUGAGCUCAAGGCGAGCGUGGUCCCCGACGAUGCGAUUGCGAAGGUGCUCAGCGAUGCGGUGCGCGUUGUGCCUGGUACGCCGGCCAAGAAUGUGCGCAUGGCGACGCCGGGAUCGAAGAGUAUCUCGAACAGGGCGCUCGUGCUCGCUGCGCUGGGCAGCGGAACGUGCAGGCUGAAGAACUUGUUGCAUUCGGACGAUACGGCGGUGAUGAUGAAUGCGCUCCAGGAGCUCAAGGGCGCCUCCUUCGAAUGGGAAGACGCAGGCGAGACCCUCGUCGUGCACGGCGGCGGCGGCUCGCUCGGCGUCCCCGCCGCCGGAAAAGAGCUCUACCUCGGCAACGCCGGCACCGCCGCGCGCUUCCUCACGACCGUCUGCGCGCUCGCCGCGGCCAACCCCGCGGACGCGUCUCUCCCGACCAACAUCACGGGCAACGCGCGUAUGAAACAGCGCCCGAUCGGCCCGCUCGUCGACUCGCUGCGCGCGAACGGGUGCGCGGUCGAGUACCGCGAGAGCACGGGCUCGCUCCCGCUCGCGAUUCCCGCGGGCGGGCUUGCGGGCGGCAAGAUUCGGCUCGCGGCGAGCGUGUCGAGCCAGUAUGUGAGCUCGAUCCUGCUGUGUGCGCCGUAUGCGAAGGCGCCGAUUGUGCUGGAGCUCGUGGGCGAGGAGGAGGGCAAGGGCGUGAUUUCGCAGCCGUAUAUCGACAUGACGAUUGCGAUGAUGGAGACGUUUGGGGUCUCGGUCAGGCGUCUCAGCGACGAGAAGACGGGCAGGCUUUUGGACGUGUACGAGAUUUCGAGGGGCACGUACAAGAACCCCGGGACGUAUGUGAUUGAGAGCGACGCGAGCAGCGCGACGUAUCCGCUGGCGGUCGCGGCGAUCACGGGCACGCGGUGCACGGUGACGGGCAUCGGGUCGGCGUCGUUGCAGGGCGACGCGCGCUUUGCGGUGGAGGUGCUCGGGCGCAUGGGGUGCACGGUCGAGCAGACGGCGGAGGAGACGACGGUGCAGGGCCCGCCGCCGUACGACGCGGCGACGGGGGAGGGCGGGCUGCGUGCGCUGGGGGAGAUUGAUAUGGAGACGAUGACGGACGCGUUUUUGACGGCGAGUGUGCUUGCUGCUGUUGCGUGUCGGCCGGCGAAGGAGGGGUUGGGGAUUGAGGGGGCGGGGAAGGAGUAUACGAGUCGCAUUUUGGGGAUUGCGAAUCAGCGGGUGAAGGAGUGUAAUCGGAUUAGGGCGAUGAUGGAUCAGCUUGCCAAGUUCGGGAUCAAGACUACGGAGCUGGACGACGGCCUCGAGGUGCAUGGGCAGGCGGCGCCGACGCUCAAGGAGGGUGCGAGCAUUCAUUGCUACGACGAUCACCGUGUUGCAAUGGCGUUCUCUGUUCUUGCGACUACUGUCAAGGGCACGGUUCUCGAGGAGAAGCGCUGCGUCGAGAAGACGUGGCCGAACUGGUGGGAUGAUCUGCAGAACAAGAUCGGCAUCCACGUCGAGGGCAUCGAGCUCGACAAGUCGCACGACGGUGCCGCUGCCUCCACCUCCAAGGACGUCUCCACCGCGCCCACGGCCCCUGCAGACAGCGACGCGACAGUCAUUCUCAUCGGCAUGCGCGGCUCGGGCAAGUCACACAUUGGCGAGCUCGCCGCGCGCACGCUCGGCCGGUCCUUCCUCGACGCGGACGCACACUUUGAGACGCUGCACGGGCCCGUGCGCGCGUACGUGGCGGAGCACGGGUGGCCCGCGUUCCGCGCUGCGGAGACGAAGAUCCUCGGCGACCUGCUGCAGACGCACGCCAAGGGACACGUGCUCUCGCUCGGCGGCGGGAUCGUCGAGACGCCCGAGGCGCGCGAGCUGCUCGUGGCGUUUGGCGGUGCCAAGGCGGGCGGCAAGGUUGUGCAUGUCGUGCGGGAGGUGGACGAGGUCGUGCGUUAUCUCGGCGAGGAGACGGCGCGUCCUGCGUAUGGCGAGCCGGUCACGGACGUGUGGAAGCGGCGCGAGCCGUGGUUUGCGCAGUGCGCUGGGUUCGAGUUCGUCAACUACACGGGUGUGCUCGGCGGUGCUGCUGCUGUGCAGGACGAGGCGCGCAGGGAGAAGGAGCUCGCGGGCGAGGUGGCGAGGUUCUUUGGGCAUGUUGCUGGGACGUCUGUUAAUCUUGCGCAGAACGUUGCGAAGAAGGACACGCGGUCGUAUUUCCUCUCGCUCACGUACCCCGAUAUCACCCCUGCCUUGGCGCAUAUGGAGCACCUCGUCGAGGGCGUCGAUGCUCUUGAGCUCCGUGUCGAUCUCCUCCGCGCGCCGAAGGACCUGGACAAGCCCGUCGCGCCAGGGACGUACAUUCCUCCGGCUGCGUACGUCGCCGAGCAGCUGGCGGCGCUGCGCCGCGCGACCAGUCUUCCGAUCGUGUUCACCGUCCGCACUGUCUCGCAGGGCGGCGCGUUCCCCGACGGCGCGGAGAAGGAGGCGUUUGAGCUACUCGAGCUCGCGGUCAAGAACGGGGUCGAGUACGUCGACGUCGAGAUCACCUUUGACCAGCAGCGCAUCAAGGAGCUUGCGACGAGGGCGCACCGGGGCCACUCGCAGAUCGUCGCGUCGUUCCACGACUGGUCGGGCAGUAUGAAGUGGAGUGAGGCGCUCGUCAAGGACAAGUACAAGGUCGCGAGCGAGCUGAGCGAUAUCGUCAAGAUUGUGGGCAAGGCCAACGAGCUCAAGGACAACUUUGCGCUGUUUGAGUUUGUGAGCAGGGUGGAGGCGCAGCCGGGCGCGAAGCCGAUCAUUGCGAUCAAUAUGGGCGCCGAGGGCCAGCUGUCGCGCGUGCUUAACCGCACGUUGACGCCUGUUACGCAUCCGCUUCUCCCUAGCAAGGCUGCUCCUGGCCAGCUCUCGUUUGCGCAGAUUCAGCAGGCGCUCCAUCUUGCAGGGCAGCUUCCCGCGCGCCGGUUCUUCCUCUUUGGAACGCCCAUCUCGCAGUCGCCCUCUCCCACCCUGCACAACACCGGUUUCGCGACGCUGGGCUUGCCGCACCAGUAUGACCUGCUCGAGACGUCCGAUGUUGGCGAGCAGAUCCGCGCGACGCUCGCGAGCCCCGACUUUGGUGGCGCGAGCGUGACCAUCCCGCACAAGCUCGAUGUGAUGCCUCUCCUCGACAGGCUCACGCCCGCUGCCGAGGCGAUCGGCGCCGUCAACACGAUCAUCCCCACCUCUGAGGGUGCCUCUGGCGCCCGGAUCCUCGUCGGCGACAACACGGACUGGCUCGGCAUGCGCGCGUGCAUCCUCGAGAAGCAGCCCUCGCUCGCCGCGCCCGCUGCUGCGCUCGUCAUUGGCGCAGGCGGCACCGCCCGCGCGGCGAUCUACGCGCUGCAGUCGCUCGGCGCGAAGCGCAUCUACGUGCAUAACCGCACGGCGGCUAAGGCGCAGGCGCUCGUGGACGCGUUCCCCAACGCGCGCGUGGAGGUUGUCGAGCGUCUCGGCGCGUGGCCCGGCGAUGCGCCUAGCGUGAUCAUCUCGACUGUCCCCGCGAGCGCGGGUGCUGCGGGGCUGCCCGAGACGCUGUUUGAUAAGGCGGUGGCGAGGGGGAUUGUUGUGGAUAUGGCGUACAAGCCCGCGGAGACGCCGCUGCUUGCGCUGGCGAGGAGCGUUGCUUCGCAGAGCUGGGCGACGGUCUCGGGUGUCGAGGUGUUGCUUGCGCAGGGGUAUGAGCAGUUUGAGCGGUGGACGGGGCGCAAGGCGCCCAAGGGCGUUGUGCAGAGGGCUGUGUUGGAGAUGUAUAAUGCGAGCAACUGAGUUCUGCCUGUUGGGUUGAGGGCAUAGUAGAUUUUUUCGACGUGUUUUUUUCUUUCUUUCAUUGUAGUGUUUGGGUUUUCGUGUUGUAGGUUACCCUCUAGAAUUAUUGAACUGUUUCAAGUUUUGACUUGACGAACCACC